AUGACAACUGCACCAGCUUCUAUAAUAAAAUCAGCCAACCCAGGGCCAAUCGAAGAAACAAUCGUGGAUAAAUUAACCAAUACUUUCAAUCCAAGUUAUCUUAAGGUUGCCAAUGAUUCCCAUAAACAUUCACAUCAUGCUGGUAUGAGAGGUGCAAGUAAUGUAGCUGAAUCCCAUUUCAGAAUUGAAAUCGUCAGUGAAGCCUUUGCUGGUAAAAACAUGCCUUCAAGACAUCGUUUAAUCUAUGCUUUGUUAGAUGAUGAGUUAAAGAAUCAAGGUGUUCACGCCUUACAAAUGAAAACUAAGACUGCUGCUGAAGCUAAUAAGGAUACAUCUGUAUAA